GUCAGCUUUGGAAGAUGCUAGCUAAACAGUCUGCUCCAUGGAGACAUGUGCCUGACAUCUUACAGAGAAUCAGUGACGUUUGAAGAUGUAGCUGUAGACUUCACCCAGGAAGAGUGGGCCCUGCUGGACACAUCCCAGAGAAAGCUGUUCAGAGAUGUGAUGCUGGAAAAUAUCAGUCAUCUGGUCUUCGUGGGGUAUCAGCAUUGCAAAUUGGAUGUGAUUUUCCAGUUGGAGCAAGGUGAAGAGCUGUGGAUUGAAGGAAGAGGAUUUUUCCAAAGCCACAGUCCAGGCAGGGAAAGUGCCUUUAAAGAAUUGUUAGCCACACAGCAUAUCAGCAAGAAGGACACAUCUACAAUCAUCCCAACGACGUUUCACACUCCAGAGGAUCCCUGUGAAUGUAAUGAUUUGGAAGAAGAUUUCACUCCUAGCUCCACACUGAGUCAACAUUUGUUAACUCACACAGAAAAGACACCCAAUAUCAGCAAACAGUAUCAAAAAUCCCAUAGUGACCAGUCAUACCUUAAUCCACAUAAGCAGAUGCACUCCAGAGGUAAAUCUUGUGAGUGCCAUCUGUGUGGUAAAGCCUUCAGCAAAUGCUCUAGCCUUAGAAGACACGAGAUGACCCAUACUGGAGAGAAACCUUAUGAAUGCCAUAUCUGUGGGAAUGCCUUUAUUCAAAGCUCUGACCUUAGAAAACACAAUCUGACUCACACUGGAGAGAAGCCGUAUGAAUGUCAUCUCUGUGGAAAAGCCUUUAGUCAGUCCUCCAACCUCAGACAGCAUGAAAGGACGCACACUGGAGAGCAACCGUAUGAAUGUCAGCUCUGUGGAAAAACCUUCAGUAAAUGUUCUGCUCUUAGACGUCACGAGAGAACUCACACUGGAGAGAAACCAUAUGAAUGUCAUCUCUGUGGAAAACCCUUCAGUCAGUGUUCCGCCCUUAGGCGACAUGAGGGGACCCACAAUGGAGAGAAAAUUAUGAAUGUUUUCAGUAAGUACUCUGACCUUAGAUGA